AAUGACGAAGGAUAAUGAUCAAUGAAUCUGGGUAGUCCUUUCUUUGCGGGGAUAAUGGGUGGCCAAGCGAAUUGCAAUGUAUCCAUCCCAAUCAGGGGGCAGGAGAUAACGCCCAUGUCCGCAGCUUGAAGCGAGAGCCUUCAAGAUUAGUCCGCCAGUGAAGUAAUCAUCUCGACCGAGGCAAAGAACCAUGGUCGUGGCAUCACCGAUGCCAGCUCCAGCAGCCAUUUUCUGUUCGUCGUCUCAUUGCUCGAGACCAACCCUUUGUGCCUUAUCAUCGUCUUCUUCUUCUUCUUCUUCGUCUGUUGUCUCAUGCCCCAGAGCUUCCAAAUUCGGUGUCUCCAUACCGUUUUCGUCUCCGAGUCUGCGCAAGUUCUCGCCAUGGAAUGGGCUGAAGCAUCUUGGCAUUUCUCUGAGGCCUAAAUCUCUGAGAAUGGGUGGGAGGAGCAGGAGUAAAGGCAUGGUUGUGUUCGCGUCUCUGUUCGGAGUUGGAGCUCCUGAAGCUCUGGUUAUUGGGGUUGUGGCUCUUUUGGUCUUUGGUCCCAAAGGUCUCGCUGAGGUAGCACGAAAUUUGGGGAAGACUUUGCGAGCAUUUCAACCCACCAUUAGGGAGCUUCAGGAAGUCUCAAGGGAAUUCAAGAGCACCCUAGAAAAGGAGAUCGGUCUUGACGAAAAUUCAGAGCAAAACAUGCACACUUCAAGCAGGAUAAGUGCUUCAUCUCCUCCUACGGUCGACCAUGGGAAGGAGCAGGAGACGCUGGUUGACCCUAAUGGCGCUUCUUCCCCCACCAGAGCUUACUCGAGUGAAGAGUACUUGAAGAUUACGGAAGAGCAAUUGAAAGCAUCUGCUGCCCCACAGCAACGCCAGACAAUGUCUUCGGAAGAAAGCAAGCCCGAACCUCAACUAGAACAAACUGUAACUUCUGUACCUCCCCCCUCAAAGACUGAGAAUGGAACAUGAAGAUAUGUGAAAUCCCGCUUUUUGCGAAGGUUGAGACAAGGCAGCGGAAAGCCGAAAAGAAACCUAGAGUCCGGCGAUAAAGAAGUUUUUCUUAGCUCAUUGUUUUAGAGUGCUAGGUAGCCAGUCUAUUGAUACCAAGAAGUACUCAUAGGUUCAAUGUGGAAUAUGAAUGGGGAAAUUUUGUUCUUGGGACUAUCCCAGGUCUUGAUGGGUUGAUGUUGUAAGGUUAUCAAUUAGCGCGGUGCAAAUUGUAGAGGCAAAGCAGCUUUUAUUUCUCCAGAGUCUCCAACCUAUGUUGGAGUUGUAUAUACUGUUCUGAGUUUUCUUGUGCAGCUCUAUUUGGUAUUUCAUUCAAGUUUCAAAUUCAUC